GCCCCCCGGCGGCGCCACGCCCCCUGAGUUUGGUGAGUCGCCUGCUGCUGUGUCUCUAUGGAAACGGCUACUGCUUUCCCGGUGCCACAAGCAGAAUGGCGGCUGGAGAGCCGGGUUAUCUAGGCGGCUUCUACUUCAGAUUCCUGCCUCAGAGAACCUUCUCGUCCCUGAGCACCCGGGAGAUCACCAGCCGGCUCCGCCAGUGGUCCAUGCUGGGCAGAAUCCAGGCGCAGGCGUUCAGCUUUGACCAGACGUUCCAGCCCUACCAGAAGGAUGAUUUUGUCAUGGUUGGUAUGGGGAGGUCUCUUCUGAUCUUGUUGGGAGCACUCCAUGACGCUUUUUUCAAAGACCCAAAUGUUAUUCCAAAUUUGCAGUUACUCUCAGAUUCUUCUGGACAGUGGACCACAUUAGGAACUGAAGUGAAAAAUAUUGAAGCUAUAAAUGUUCCAUGCACACAACUUUCAAUGUCAUUUUUCCAACGGUUAUACGAUGAAAAUAUUGUACGAGAAAGUGGGCACAUUGUCAAGUGCUUAGAUUCUUUCUGUGAUCCAUUUCUCGUUUCAGAUGAACUACGAAAAGUUUUGCUCAUGGAAGAUUCUGAAAAAUAUGAAGUCUUCAGCCCGCUGGAAAGGGAUGAGUUCCUGUUCCGUCUCUUUAAGCACCUCUGCCUUGGAGGGUCUCUUUGUCAGUAUGAAGAUAUGCUCAAGCCGUAUCUGGAGACGGCAAAGCUGAUCUAUAAGGACCUGGUGAGUGUUCGGAAACAUCCUCGAACCAAGGAAAUACAAAUUACCUCUUCUGUCUUUAAAGUGAAAGCCUACACAUCUUGCUGUGCAUUUCAGACUGGCCUCAAACUCAGUCCUUCUGCCUCAGCCCCCAAAGGACUGGGACUAAAGGACUCUGCUGGUGUGUGCUACCCUUCAGCUAAAGAGCAUGAGCAGACGUUCUCUUACUUCGUCGUGGAUCCCAUCAAGCGUCAUGUGAAUGUCUUAUACCACUGCUAUGGUGUGGGCGAAAUGGCUUAGGCUCCUCAGUCACUGGUCUCUGUGUAAGCACUAGUGGACGGAGGUGUGCUCUGGCAGAGCAGUUGAAAGCAACUGUCAAGAGCCUAUUUCCAGCUGAAACACUAAAGUGCCUCUCUCUCUACAUUUGCCCACACACUCCUGCAGGGAUCCCUGAAGGAACCUGCACAGAGCAGAAAGUCACAGUUUGUUUCUUCUAUCAAGAUGCAGCCACAUUCUCAAUUUCCUGUAUUUUACAGUUGUUUGGCAAAGACAGACAGAUCUCCAUGAGUUUGUGGCCAGCCUGGCCUACAGAACUAGUGCCAGGACAGCCAAACCCUGUCUUGAAAAACCAAAUACAUAAAUUAAACUGUU